AUGGACUCCCCAUUCAAGAGUAAUCCUCAAUUGCGCAGAGGCCUUUGCUGUGCAAAUGUGGACAAACAGCAGGGGAGUUCCCCUUCUGUAAUUGUUAUAGGAGGUGGCAUGGCUGGGAUUGCUGCUGCUCGUUCACUUCAUGAUGCCUCGUUUCAGGUUGUUCUUUUAGAAUCUCGGGAAAGACUUGGUGGCCGAAUUCACACUGAUUACUCAUUUGGCUUUCCUGUUGACCUGGGUGCAUCAUGGUUGCAUGGAGUUUGCAAGGAGAAUCCCCUGGCUCCAUUGAUUGGGAAGCUGGGACUACCACUGUACCGUACUAGUGAGGAUAAUUCUGUCCUUUAUGACCAUGAUUUGGAAAGCUAUGCACUUUUUGAUAUGGAUGGGAAUCAAGUUCCCCAGGAGUUGGUGGCACAAAUUGGUAAAACAUUUGAAAUGAUUUUACAAGAGUCAAACAAAGUACGAGAGGAAUUCAGUGAAGACAUGUCCAUACUUCGUGCACUUACAAUUGUUUUUGAAAGAAAACCGGAAUUGAGAUUGGAAGGGCUAUCCCACAAGGUGCUCCAGUGGUAUUUGUGCAGAUUGGAGGGCUGGUUUGCUGCAGAUGCUGAUGCCAUAUCACUGAAAUGUUGGGAUCAGGAAGUAUUGCUCCCUGGUGGUCAUGGUCUUAUGAUCAGGGGUUACCAGCCUGUUAUAAAUACCCUAGCCAAGGGUCUUGACAUUCGCCUUGGACACAGGGUAACAAAAAUAGUUAGGCAAUAUAAUGAAGUAAAGGUGACAGUGGAAAAUGGGAAAACAUUUGUUGCAGACGCUGCUAUUGUUGCUGUGCCUCUUGGGGUACUGAAGUCAAAAAGCAUACAAUUUGAGCCAAAGCUACCAGACUGGAAAGAAGCUGCCAUUUCCGAUAUUGGAGUUGGGAUUGAAAAUAAAAUAAUUUUACACUUCAAAAAUGUUUUUUGGCCCAAUGUGGAAUUCUUAGGAGUGGUUGCAGAUACAUCUUAUGGAUGCAGCUACUUUCUUAAUCUCCACAAGGCUACAGGUCGUCCUGUCCUUGUUUACAUGCCUGCUGGGCAGCUGGCCAAAGACAUUGAAAAAAUGUCUGAUGAAGCAGCUGCUAACUUUGCUUUUAUGCAGCUCAAAAAGAUCCUCCCAGAUGCUUCUUCACCGAUUCAGUAUCUUGUGUCUCGAUGGGGUACAGAUAUUAAUACGUUAGGUUCCUAUAGCUAUGAUGCAGUUGGAAAACCACAUGAUCUGUAUGAGAGGCUACGGGUCCCUGUAGAUAAUUUAUUCUUUGCGGGGGAAGCAACAAGUAUGUUGUAUACGGGGUCUGUGCAUGGUGCAUUCUCUACUGGAAUGAUGGCUGCUGAGGACUGCAGGAUGCGUGUUCUGGAGCGAUACGGGGAGCUAGAUUUGUUCCAGCCGGUAAUGGGAGAAGAUGCUUUGGUCAUACCUCUCCAGAUCUCUCGUUUGUAA